GGCGGGGCCUCUGAGCUCGCGGUUUCCCGGGGCGACGGGGGAGGAGGCCACAGGAAGCCCGAGCUGCGGUUGGCCGCCGCGGAAUGGACAUGCUGGGGGUGGAGCCGGAGGAAGAGGAGGACGAGGACGAGGAAGAAGAGGACGAGGAGGAAGAUACGAUGGAUCCUCAGCUCCUGGGGGCAGCAGGAGGCCCUCGCAGCUCCUCGGAGCCCGUGGAGGCCGUUCGCCUCGCUCCGUCAGUUCACAGCCAAGUUGUGCCGGCAGGAAGUGCUUCCUACAGAGUCAUAGUACACGUGGAUCUGGAUUGCUUUUAUGCACAAGUAGAAAUGAUCUCUCAUCCAGAAUUAAAAGGCAAACCUUUAGGUGUUCAGCAAAAAUACUUGGUUGUCACCUGUAACUAUGAAGCCAGGAAGCUUGGAGUUAAAAAACUAAUGUCUGUGAGAGAUGCAAAAGAAAAGUGUCCACAGCUGGUGCUAGUUAAUGGAGAAGACCUGACACGCUAUAGAGAAAUGUCAUACAAGGUUACGGAGUUAUUGGAAGAAUUCAGUCCAGUUGUUGAAAGACUGGGAUUUGAUGAAAAUUUUGUGGAUAUAACCCAGACAGUUGAGAAGAGACUACAUCAGCUACAAAGUGAUGACUAUUCUGUAGUAGCUGUCUGUGGUCAUGUUUACAAUAAUCAGUCUGUAAACCUAAAUGACAUUUUGCAUGUGAGAUUGCUCAUUGGAUCUCAGAUUGCGGCAGAAAUGAGAGAAGCCAUAUUUAAUCAGCUGGGUCUCACAGGUUGCGCUGGAGUGGCUUCAAAUAAACUGUUGUCCAAAUUAGUCUCUGGUACCUUUAAACCAAAUCAACAAACAGUUUUAAUGCCGGAAAGUUGUCAAGAUCUCAUUGGUAGUUUGGACCACAUAAAACAAAUGCCAGGUAUUGGCUAUAAAACUACUAAACGCCUUGAAUCAUUGGGUAUCAAUAGUGUCCAUGAUCUCCAAAUCUUUUCACCAGAAAUCCUAGAGAAAGAACUAGGAAUUUCAGUUGCUCAGCGUAUUCAGAAACUCAGCUUUGGAGAAGAUAACUCCCCUGUGACUCCUUCAGGACCACCUCAGUCCUUUAGUGAAGAAGAUUCCUUUAAAAAGUGCUCAUCAGAAGUGGAAGCUAAAAAAAAAAUUGAAGAACUCCUUGCUAAACUUUUGAACAGAGUAUGUAAAGAUGGAAGGAAGCCACAUACAAUAAGAUUAAUCAUCCGUCGGUUUUCAUCUGAUAGACAUUUUAACCGUGAGAGCCGUCAGUGUCCUAUCCCAUCUCAUGUAAUUCAGAAGUUAGGGACAGGAAAUUAUGAUGUUAUGACUCCAAUGGUUGAUAUACUUAUGAAACUAUUUCGAAAUAUGGUAAACGUGAAGAUGCCAUUUCACCUUACCCUUCUAAGUGUGUGCUUCUCCAAUCUUAAAUCACUACCCACCUCUAAGAAAGGAUCUAUUGAAUUUUAUUUAACACCGUCAUCAUCAACAACUUCACACUCUGGCAAGCGCUCUUAUAAAAUGAAAGAUACUCAUAUGGAAGAAUUUUCACAAGACAAAGAGAUAAACUGGGAUUUUCUACCAAGUGGAAGAAUUGAAAGCAUAAGAACUGGAGAGUCUCCAUUAGAUACUACAAAUUUUACUAAAGAAAAAGAAAUUCAUGAUUUUCCAUUUCACUCACUUCCUGAGGGUAUUGACCAUGAAGUCUUUAAGCAGCUUCCAGUAGAUAUUCAAGAAGAAAUCCUUUCUGGCAAAACUAGAGAAAAAAUUCAAGGAAAGGGAAGUUUGAGUUGCCCAUUACAUGCUUCUAAAGGGGUGUUAUCUUUCUUUUCUUCAAAACAAAUGCAUGACAUUGUUUCAAAUCCCAGAGAUCAUUUAUCCAGUAGCAAACAAUUAGCCUCUAUAUCUACUAGUGAACCAGGUACAUCAGGUUUAAGUAGCACUGGUUCCACUUACUUGUUUAGCCGCAAGGAUUCUCCUCACUAUUUAGACAGUGAGCUGAGAGAUGAAAGAAUGAGUCAAGGACCUAAAGAAUCCCAAGGGUUCCAUUUUUCAAAUACAAACCCUGCUGUGUCUAUAUUCCAUUCUUUCCCAAACUUACAAAGUCAGCAACUAUUUUCCAAAAAUCACACCUCCGAUAGCCAUAAGCAGCUUACAGGCUCAGUUUCUCAGCAUCUCAGUCUUACAGAAAACAGAGAGCAAGAAUCUGCAGAGGAGGAAAUUACUUUUCCUUCUGGCAUUGACCCUGCAGUUUUUUUUGAAUUACCAGAAGAUGUUCAAAAAGAACUUUUGGCUGAGUGGAAAAGAACAGGAUCCUCUUUCCAAACUGUACAUGAAUAAGCAUGAUGAGAAAAAAAUCUAAAAAUAUGCCAAGCAAAUAGUAACAACAUUAUGUUCCCCUCAGUCUAACAGCUUAUUAAGGUGUUUGAUAUUAAACUGUUUAUUAGGUAUUCAAUAAUGUAGAAAUCUGACUAAUAUGAAACAUUACAGAUAAAACACAAACAGCAUAAAGGAGGUAAACUUACAUAAAGCAUAAAAGUGUUCAUAUCAGAAGUAAUAAUGUAAUAUAUUAUCUUCCUCUCAUUUUUAAAGCUAUUUUAUAUUGAAGAUUUUCAAUAAAAAGAAUAUCAUGGUCAGCAUUAGUACAUAUUCCAUAAAUUUGGGAAAUGUAUGCAUUCAUAUGUAAAUUUAAAAUAUUCACAUAAUGCUGAGCUGAGGAAGUUAAGGAACAGUAAUAAAUGUUUCCUUUUUGAAAUUUAAAGCAGCCCAAGAACCUCAGCUCCCUGAGAGGUAUGAAAAUAUGAAAAACUUUAGUUCCAGAUAACUUAUUUUAAAAACAUAGACUUUGCCUCAAGUAACUAACAUAUAUUCCAUAACGUAAGUUGGCAACAAAAUAUUCAAGUUAAAUGGAUGGAUUCAAACACUAUGUAUUCAAACAGUUCAGCAAGCUUUUAUUGGCUGCAGUGGGUAGGGUGAAUGGGAGCCAGAAGGUGAAGACUCCAUAGGAAAAGAAUAAGGAUAAAUUGGCAUUAGGACUUCAAUAUAAAAGGUGGGGUUGUCAUAAGAACCCUUGUUUUGACCCAAAUGGUAAGGGAAAUUUUAGCUUGCCAUUUUUACAUAGGAUUGUGGGGAAAAGAUAUAUUUCUAUAGCUUUUGAUGUAUAUUUGAAGCUGGAAGUUCCUUGCCAUCAAAUAUGAGAAAAUUGUUAUUUUCAUCUCAGUUAUUACCAUCUCCAGCCUCCCCAUCCAGGUCAAAAAUUGGCAGAGUAAGGACACUCUAUGCUUGUGACAUAAGUAUGUCAUAGCACAUCAGAAUAUCCUGGAACAUUGGUUAGGAAACAAUGUGGUAUUUAAGGAUAUGGAGGAGAUAAAGAAGAACCGACAAACUUGACCCCUCUUAAGGAAUUUACAAAAUAUAUGGAAAUAAUCGAUAGUCAUGAAAAAACUUGAGAAUGUUUAAAAAGCAAUAUGCAUACAAGUGAGUACAAGAAAGACUCUUAAUAUCCUUUUUCUAUUUAGAAUCCUAUAAUUUAGUUUUUGUACUCCUCAGAGAAUUUAAGGAGUUAGUGGUUACUGAGAACAUUUCCUCUUUGUAACCCAAGAGAAGAUUAUAGCUCAAAUAUUUUGAAGGCAACUAAAAUGAACUUUAUAGCAGGAAUGUUAAAAGCUUCUCAAGAUCCUGUAACUAUUUGGAGCACUAUAUAGAUGUACUUUAUUUAAAACAUUUUUUAAUUUUCCAAAUUCUAAAAGGUCUAUAAGGUUAAAAUCAUCAGAAAAUUGAUAAGAGUUUAUAACUUCUCUCAGAUAAUUUACUUUUUGACAUUUAAGCAAUCUAUCACUAUGGCUGCUUUCAGAAUUUAACAACAUAGCUGUUUAAAGUAUAUUGACCUAAGCUUUUAGUUAUAUUAUAAGAUGUACUUAGCUAAUCAUGAUCAAUUGUCAGUCAAGCAUAUGUCAUGAUGAAUAGAAUUAAGGCUUUGGAAUAGCUAGGGAAAAGUAAGAGAUAUAUAUUAGGUGAUGACAGUUUAAAAAAAACAAGUCUUUUUAGGAAUGCAUACACCUUUUUAAUAUAGUUUUACAAAAUCUUAAAAAAGGAGAUUAGAAGAAAUAUGAAUGUUGCAUUUAUGCCUUUUUACAUCCUUUUUCUCAAAAUUAUUAUGAUUUUUAGGCUGAGAAAUUUCUGUCUUAUUUCUGUCAGUCACACUACUCAACUGUCCUUUUUCAAGGCUGAUACUCAAAAUGAGUUUGUUUCAAUUCAGUGCAAUAAAGUUAAAGUCCUUUUAUAUGAAAGGCAUAGUACCAGGCACUCAAGAUACAAAGAUUAUAAAAUUAUGCUUUUACUGCCUUUAGGGAGCUUUUGUUCUCUAUGAUUAAUACCCUUUUUUCCCAGAAUAUUUUCAAAGAGACCACAUCUGGCUAAAGAGGUAAUGUGGUAGAUUGGAAACAACAUUGAAUUAUGUAUCUGAAUACAUGAGUUUGAAUACCAUAUCCAUUAUAUACAUAACCACUGAGUAAUCAGUAACCUCAUACCAAUAACAACCUUUCUGGGCUAUAAUUCUUAUCUAUGAAAUGGGAACUUUGGAUUAGAUGAUUUUUGAGGUUCUGUCCAGAUCUAAAUCCCAUGGGGAUUUUGAGUGCAGAAAAGACAAUAAUAGCUCACUUUAAAAAAAAAUGUUAAAGUUAUUUUUCCUCACAACGUGCAACAUAACUAUUACAAAUUAUGUUUAUUUUCAAAUUGUAAAAAUGAAGUAUAGAAAGGUAAAAGUUAUUCAGCAUGCCACAGUGAGUGCCAGAGCUAAGAUUCAAACACAAGUAUUCUGUUAAGAUCAGCAUUUUUCCCACUAUACCACAUUUCAUUAAUGACUUCAAUAGUUUGGUAAUUCACUAAUGUCAUAGAUGCUAAGCGAGAAGCAAUGGCAAGAUCAGGGGGUAUAGGCAUGGUGAUCUUAUGUUGUAAGACACUCUUAACUUUUAAAGUGAACUCACUAAUGUAAACUGUUUUAACUCUUGUUUUUUUUACAGAACAUGGAGGGAGAAGCAUUGGUUCAGAUGGUACUCUUGUAUAUAUACAUAAAUAGGCAUUGAAUUUCAUUUUUAGAAUCAUAGCAAUAGUCAUGUUUGGGAAAUACAUAAUUGAGUACGCCUUUGUUUUGGAAGGUUUUUCUUAAUUUUAGUAGUGAGCAAAGAGGAGCCCAAGGAGAUCCAUCAUACAUGAAACAAAAAGUGAACUUCUAGGGAGAACAAUAAUUUAUAUCAUGUUUAUUUGGCCAGGUUAAGUCCUAUGGCAUUUGUAGUGAGCUUAAUAUCUAUUUUCAGUUGCUGAGGACUAAAGUUAAAAAGAAUUUGCUAGCCAGAUCUUUAGAGGAGGAUGAAUGAUAUUUUCUGGUCUUCAUCUCAAAAUAAUUUUACCAUAUUUAAUGUGGUAUGAGAAUGGCAGUAGAAAUCAAAUUCCACUUUUCUAUUCUGAAAAAAAUCAAAAGAUUUUCUGAAUUACAAAUUUAUAGGUAAUAUUAUUGAAUAUUGGGACAAACUGAGCAAGCUAAAAAUAUUCAUAAAAACACAUCAGCUUACCAUUAUCCCCCUUUCUAUAAUGUUUUAUCCUAUCCUGGAGUAACAUAUAAUAGGAGCAUAUUAAAUUUCUUCUUGUUUUCCUACUCAAUCAUUAUAUAGAAUACAUAUUAAAAGAAAAUUUUACCAUAUGGGUGACCUUUGCCUAUCAAAAAAUGCAUAAGGCAUGGGAACAUUUUAUAAGGUUUUUUUUCUUUUUUUUAACAAAUUUUUCUAUUUAACAAAUCAAAGAGCUUAUUUUUCUUGAUAAACCUCAAAAUCUUGUGUUAUUUAUUACCUAUAAUAUCUAUAUUUUCUUAUUACCAAUUGCAUAGGCAUAGGGUAUAUCCUUUUUUUAUUGCUAUCUUUUGACGCUGUAUCUAUUAAUAAUGAGAAACUGAAAUAGUGUCAUUUGUUCUAUAAAUUAAGCUCAUUUUAAUAGUCACAUCCCAUUAAGUUAGCAUGAUCAUGAUGCCUUUUGCUACAUAUUAAAUUGUCUGAAUUAAUAGGAAUGUAGAUAUGAAAUUGUUAUUGAUAAAAUAUUUGACAAUAAUGAGGAUUUCAAUAUUUUCUUGAUUUUCUGAAUACCAUUUGACAGAAAUUCAAAAGCAUAAUGAGUUAAAAACAUCUAAAGAAAAAUAUAAAAUUCCAAUUGAAAGGAUUACUGAAAUUCUUUUAUAAGAGUUGAACAUUUAAUUACUUUGUAAAAUAUGUUUACUAUCUAACUGAAAGGCUUUUUUAAAAUCAAAAGGUGUUUAAGUUCACAUAAUGACUAAAAUCCUACCAAAAAAAAAAAAACCCUUCAUUUGUAGCUGACCUGAUCAAAAUAAGCUAUACUUUAUUUUUUUUUAAUUACCAAAAAUUUUCUAUAAUACUAUUAAUAAAAGAUAAGGAAAAUGAGAAAGAAUAUUUUGAAAUAUAAGCAAUUUAUUAGGAGUAAUUAGAUGCCUAAAUGGAUAAAGAACUGGACCUAGAGACUAGAAGACCUGAGUACAAAGAGUGAAACCUCAGGCAGAUCAUUUAAUCUCUGUUUGCCUUAAUCCACUGGAGGAGGAAAUGCAAGUUGUUCUAGUAUCUUUAUUAAGAACCUUGAACAGUUUAGUCUAGAGGAUUACAAAGAGACAAUCUUAAAGAUUCUAGUUGUAGAUUUAAUCAUAUCACAAUCCUCUAUAGGGCAGCAGACUAGUAUUCUAAUACUAAUUAUUAAUGGGUAAUUAUGAGAAUCUAAGAAAAGAUUUUUUUUGUUUUGUCAAAAUGUUGUUGAAAUUUCAAAAGUAUUAAGGCACUGUAGUAUACAGUUCUCAAAUAUCAGAAAAAUUGUAUAGUGUAACUCACCAAAAUUAAUAAAGACUAUUAAAAUUUAGAAUUGUUAUAGGAGGUCAUAGUAAAUGCAAAAUCAUUCCUUUGUUUAUUACUUGGUUUCCUGCACUAAUCUUUCUUAUGGUUAGCAACAUAAGUCCUAGCUGUCUAGGAAAGCUUUAGUCUUAAUUUAGGAAUUUUAUAUGAAAAAAGGAAUGAGAGGUCAGAGUAAGAAAAAAUGUCUAAUCUUUUACCUUAAACCUCAUCUAUUACACAGAAGACGUCACUUAAUUUACCAUCUUCACUCAUACUACGGCAAAAUGGGCAUAUUUCUACUUCUAUAUUACAUGAGAGAAUUACAAGGAUUUGUAAAAUUACUGUUUCUUGGGACAGGUGCCAUUUAGAAUUCAAUUAAAGCUGAUACAAUAAUAAAAGCAUUCUAAGCUACAGCUUAAAAUAACUAAGCUGUAACUUUAAUAACAACUUUAUUAAAACUAUCUUCUGAAUAUUUUGACCAGAGAAAACAAAGAAUCUAGCAACUAUCAGGAAGAAAAGCUAGUAUUAAGGGAGUUGGAGUUGUUAGAUUCUCUCUUUAGUGUGCUCUUAGGUCACAGUGGUUUCAAAAGUGAUAUUUUCUCCUAUGAAUCUUGCUUUUUUUUAACUUUUCCUCCUAAAAAAGACAGAGGAAUAUGUCUAAUGGAAAGUCAGAAGAUCAUUAGAGUGGCUGGAAGUGGCUUUCCUUUGGAACUGUGUUUCCAUCCUGACACUUUGGCCUUUCCAUAUUUAAAUAUUCUGAUCAUCUUUUUUGAAGGAAAAACUCCGACAUUGUUAAAGCCAAGGUAUUAAAAUAGUAUACGGUUUUUCAAAGGGUUGGUAGAAUUCUGUUGAAAAACUUUUCAACAGAAAUAGUGGUUUGGGAGAUUUUAUCUCCUUAGAAAUCAGUGAUUUGUACAAGAAUCAGGAAUGCUGACCAGCUAAAUUGCUAGUGCAGAAAAACAUCUUUGAAGUGUGCAACAUGCAAACUAAUAUAUCAUAAUUGUUAUGUUAUUCAUUGUAUGAUAGCCAUAUAAUUUUGUGAUUUGUCACAUCCAGUUUUACAUGUUUGACAUUUUAUUUGAUAUAUAAGUUGAAUUUUUCAUUAUUUAUGCUCUUCUUAUAUAACAUUUAUCAAAUUUGAACAGUCAGUAAAGUGAAUGAAAAAAGUAUUCUUUUAGCUUUAAUUUAUGCUGAGCGCUCACUGCUGCAUUUGUUUGCUUGAUUCUAAUCUUACUCAGUAAUAUUUCUCAGAAAAAAGCAAAGUACAAGUAAUGCUUUUGAUAGUUAACAUUGUUUAUGAGAUAAAAGCUAUAUUUAAUGUUGUUCCUUAUAUAACAGUUCUUAGUAAGAACCCCUGCAGAUGUACAUGAGAAUACUAACAUAGCAUAAUGGCAUGUAUAUAUUCCACAUUGACUGUUAGAAGAGGAUUGAAGAAAGGACAUGAUUCAGGAGCCAUAGAACCAACUCAUUUCUUAUGUAGUGAUGAUGAAUGGCCUUUUGGGGAUGCGUGUGCUGAAUGAGCCUUUUGUGCCUUUAUUCCAUCUUUUGCAUCAUGGAUCAAAUUCAGUAAGUUGGUGGGCAUUGUUGCCUCAACCACAGCACGGGAUAAAUUUCCUCUCAGUUCUGGUUGUACAUACAUCACCAGUUUGGAGUAGCCAGGGUUCCUGCAGACAAGGGAAGAAAAGCAAUAAAAAAAAUUCUUGGAUUUACCUAAUCUGUUUAUUUUGAACAUGCUUAAAUAUAUAAUCAAAGUUG